CAAAUUCUAAUAAUUACUCCAAACAUGGGUUCCUUCUUACACAGCCUAACUAUUCUAGUCUUGGUAGUGGCAAUCGUUCCGUGAAAUAAAGGUUAUUACUUGAGUGAUUUCAAAGAUAAGUCAACUGGGAAUUUAGGGUUCAUGGCGAAAAGGAUUGAGAAGAAUGUGAAUAUUGUACUGAUGUGUGUUGGGUUGGUAGAGAUGGUGUGGGAGAGGUCUGAUGAUUAUGGUGAGGUUGAGAGGCAAGUUGAUGGGAUUUGGCAGGCGGUUUUGAAAGAUAUUUUGUAUUGUGAUGAGGUGAGCUGAAUAUAACCCCUGUAUACAUGUUGUACAGAGUCAUGAAAGAAUUCAGAGUAUUUGCAAGACACAUGGUCACUGAAAUGAAAUAUAGCUGUGAAAAGCUAAGACUGUUGUAUUAUAAGAAAUUGCUUGGAGUUAUUACAAAGAUUAUCCAUGACAAAGGGAAGGAUGCUUUUGAUGCUAAAUCUAGAUGCAUUCGUAUGAGGAUUGGUCAAUUCUUUAUGCCCACUUUUAAAGGCAAUGAUACUUCUGAUUGCUCAGAGUUUGAUGAGAUCAUCCACAGUUUCUCUGAACAGUCUGACAGUUUUUGGAGAGAUUUUUGGACACUAAUUUUUGAGAUACUCUGAGUGAUUGUUUUAGCUUUGCUGAUUAGAAAAAGCUCACAACUUUUAUUCGAUGAAUGGGAGAUAUACAAGGAUCUAAAUAAGUCAUCUAUCGACUUAACUUAUCAAACAGAUCAAUCAUAUAAGUAUUGUAACCUUCAUUUUGACGAAGUAUUUGAACAAGUGGGACAAUAAGAUUACUGUCUUUGAAGAAUUCUGACCAAUUUA